GAGGGGGAGAGAGAGACAAGAUUGUGUUUACGUGUGCAGCAGAAAGUGAGAGGGAGAGAGAGAAAGAAAGAGAGAAAGAGAGAAGGAGAGAGAGAGGGAGGGGGGAUGAUCACGUCAUCUACUGCCAACCACUCAGUUAUGGAGAUCCUCUCUCCCUCCCUCUCUCUCUCCCCCUCUCCUCUCCCCUCCCUCUCUUUCUCCCUCUCUCCCUCUCCUCUCUCUCUCUCUCUCUCUCUCCCUCCCUCUCUCCCGCUCUCUCUCUCUCUCUCCCUCUCUCCCUCCCUCUCUCUCUCCCCCUCUCCUCUGCCCUCUCUCUCCUCCUCUCCUCUGCCCCCUUCUCUCUGGUCAUGGCUGAUAGGGACGGGCUUGUGGCUCGCCUGCAUCUUUGGGGGCGCUGGGAACAUCUACGCCCUCUCUCUGUGUCUCCGGGAAGGAUUGAGAGGGAGAGGGAGAGGGGGAAGGAGAGAGAGAGGGAGAGGGAGAGGGAGAGAUAGAGGACCUCUCUCCUGGCACCUUUCCUCCCUGGCCCUCGCCGACCUCCUCUACCUCUCCACAGCCCCCUUCACCGCCUACGCCGCCCUCUACAGAGACUGGCCCUUCGGCCCGACGGGCUGCUGCUUGCUGCUAACCCUUGACUUGGUCUCCAUGCACGCGGGCAUCUUCACAGUCACGGCUCUGUGUGCUGCCAGAUAUCGGGCUGUGGCUCGGCCCCUCCAGACUCGCCGGGCCGGGGGAGGGGUGCCAUUCGGUCGCGGGGGUAUACUAGCCCCCUGGCUGGCAGCUCUGGCCCUCACCUUGCCCCUGACGCUCAGUGUGAGAUUGGAACGGAGGGUGACGGACGAGGGGAGCCUUGGACAACUUUGUUCUCCGAGUUGGGACGAGGAGGACAACCGCUUGUAUCUGACCCUCCUCUUCACCACCAGUGUCCUGGCCCCUGGACUGGUCAUCGUCGGCCUCUACACUGGACUGGCCAAAGCCUAUUACCGCCGGCACAGAGAGGGUGAACCUCGCCAGAAGCCCAGGGUGAAAGUGGUCAUCCUGAUCGCCGCUGUGGUCUUGAGUUAUUGGUUUUGUUUCCUGCCCUUCUGGCUCUGGCAACUGGUGCCUCUCUACCUCGAGGUCUUGCCCCUCUCCUUCCCCACCCAAGGGGCUGUCAACCAAGCUCUCUCCCUCCUCACCUACACCAACAGCUGUCUCGAUCCCUUCCUCUACACCUUGUUGGUCAACAGGCACUCGGGCCGGGCAGCUGGAGCCAGGUGCAAGGCGGCGAGUGGACAACGAGGAGGAGAUGGUGGACAGAGGGAGGACCUGAGGACCACAGGGAGGCAGGAAGAGCGGGCGAGGCAUCAGGACCCUGGGAUGCCGGACAACGUUCCUUUACAGGAAGGAGAUGUUGCGUCUGUAGGUGGUGCCAUCGACAUCGACCAGAUAGCGCACAAUUCUGUUUUCUCCCAAAUGUACUUGGUCAUCCCGGGCCAGUAG